UGCCCGCCUCCCGCUGCGUCUCCUCCCGGAGCUCUGCCUUCUGCUGCCGGCACCAGCGUCGCCUCGCGCACGGAUUUUGGGGAUUUUUUUAUUUUUUUUUUUUUGUAGUCGGGGUGGGUGGGGGGAUUUGUUUAUUCUAGAGGAGUGUGUGUUCGUCCCCGCCGCUCUGCGCCUCCCGGUCGAUGGUCGUUGGGGAAGCUUCCAUCUUGAGUCCCGUUUCUACCGAGAGCACCAUGGCGAGCGACUCCCCAGCGCGGAGUCUGGACGAGAUAGACCUGUCUGCACUACGGGACCCGGCUGGUAUCUUCGAGCUGGUCGAACUGGUUGGAAAUGGCACCUACGGGCAGGUCUACAAGGGUCGCCAUGUCAAAACCGGGCAGCUCGCUGCCAUCAAGGUCAUGGACGUCACCGGAGACGAGGAGGAGGAGAUUAAAGCCGAGAUCAACAUGCUGAAGAAGUACAGCCACCACAGGAACAUCGCCACCUACUACGGAGCCUUCGUCAAGAAGAAUCCUCCGGGGAUGGACGACCAGCUCUGGCUGGUGAUGGAGUUCUGCGGCGCCGGCUCGGUGACGGAUCUGAUCAAAAACACCAAAGGGAACUCCCUGAAGGAGGAGUGGAUCGCCUACAUCUGCAGGGAGAUCCUCCGGGGUCUGACCCACCUGCACCAGCACAAGGUCAUCCACCGAGACAUCAAGGGCCAGAACGUGCUGCUGACGGAGAACGCCGAGGUCAAGCUGGUGGACUUCGGCGUGAGCGCUCAGCUGGACCGGACGGUGGGACGCAGGAACACCUUCAUCGGGACGCCGUACUGGAUGGCGCCGGAGGUGAUCGCCUGCGACGAGAACCCCGAUGCCACGUACGACUUCAAGAGUGAUCUGUGGUCGUUGGGCAUCACAGCCAUCGAGAUGGCCGAGGGAGCUCCACCUCUGUGCGACAUGCAUCCGAUGAGGGCGCUCUUCCUCAUCCCCAGGAAUCCUGCGCCGAGGCUCAAAUCCAAGAAGUGGUCGAAGAAGUUCCAGUCGUUCAUCGAGAGCUGCCUGGUGAAGAGCCACAGCCAGCGGCCGAGCACCGAGCAGCUCCUCAAGCACCCCUUCAUCAGAGACCUGCCCAACGAGCGGCAGGUCCGCAUCCAGCUGAAGGACCACAUCGACCGGACCAAGAAGAGGAGAGGCGAGAGGGAUGAGACCGAGUACGAGUACAGCGGCAGCGAGGAGGAGGACGAGGAGAGGGACAUCGGAGAGCCCAGCUCCAUCAUCAACAUCCCCGGCGAGUCCACCCUGAGGCGGGACUUCCUGCGCCUCCAGCUGGCCAACAAAGAGCGCUCGGAGCUGAUCCGGCGUCAGCAGCUGGAGCAGCAGCAGAACGAGGAGCACAAGCGCCAACUGCUGGCCGAGCGGCAGAAGCGCAUCGAGGAGCAGAAGGAGCAGCGGCGGCGGCUGGAGGAGCAACAGCGUCGCGAACGAGAGAUGAGGAAGCAGCAGGAGCGCGAGCAGAGGAGGAGGUACGAGGAGAUGGAGCAGCUCCGGCGGGAGGAGGAGCGGAGGCACGCCGAGAGAGAGCAGGAGUACAAGAGGAAGCAGAUCGAGGAGCAGCGGCAGGCCGAGCGGCUGCAGAGGCAGCUGCAGCAGGAGCGAGCGUACCUGGUGUCGCUGCAGCAGCAGCAGCAGGAGGCGCCGCGGCCGCCGGCCGACAAGAAGCAGCUCUACCACUACAAGGACCAGGCGCCGGGCAGCAACGACAAGCCGGCCUGGGCCAAAGAGGUGAUGCGUCGAGCUCAGAGCAACUCUCCUCGCGUGCCUCCUAAGAAGUACCACUCCUUCAGGGAGACUCGGGACGUGCACCAGCUGGACAACCUGCUGCUGCUGCCCGGCUACAAGCCCCGCCGGCCCCGCCCCCCGUCCUACCCGGCCCACGUCAGCCCGUCCAGGGACCACCUCCACGUGCCCAGAAUCCGGGUCACCUGCGUCCCAGAGCCCGGCUCGUCCCGGGCUGUGGGGCGCCACCGGAGCCCCGGCCGGAGCCCCGACUCGAGGGGCCGCAGCCCCGGACGCCGGGUGGAGGAGCAUUAUAAGAUGAACAGACAGACUUCUCCUGCGUUGCAGCAUAAAGUCUCCAACCGGAUCUCGGACCCGUCGCUGCCGCCGCGAUCCGAGUCCUUCAGCAGCGGCGGCAUCCAGCAGGCCCGGACUCCGCCGAUGCACCGCUCCGUCGAACCGCAGAUGGCCCACCUGGUGCAGGUGAAGAGUCACGGCCUGUCGGGCUCCCAGUCCCUGUACGACCCCCACGGCGUGUCCUCCUCCUCCUCGGCGUCGCCCUCCCCCUCCCGGCCUCCCAUGCCCCGGCAGAACUCCGACCCCACCUCCGACACCCCUCCUCCCCCGCCCCUGUCCCGCCUGGCGCCCCCCCUCGACAAGCUGGACCGCAGCUCCUGGUUGCGGCAGGACGACGACAUGCCGCCCAAGGUUCCUCAGAGGACGACCUCCAUCUCUCCUGCUCUGGUCAGGAAGAACUCUCCUGGAAACGGGCCGGGCCUCGGUCCUCGGGCCGGAGCGCACCUGAUCCGGGCCAGCAACCCCGACCUGCGGAGGACCGACGUUUCCAUGGAGACGCCCCUGAAGAGGACGAGCAGCGGCAGCUCCUCCAGCUCCAGCACCCCCAGCUCCCAGGGAGGCUCCAAUGAGAGAGGUGAGGGUUCUGGGGCGCCCCGUGUCGUCCUUCAGGAUCUGACCGCUCUGGCCAAAGAGCUGCGAGAGCUGCGACAAGGCGAAGAGACGAGCCGGCCGCCGGUCAAAGUGACCGACUACUCGUCGUCCAGCGAGGAGUCCCACAGCAGUGAGGACGAGGAGGGAGAGGGCGGAGCCAACGACGGCACGGUGGCCGUCAGCGACAUCCCGCGGAUCAUGCCGGCAGCGAGUCAAAGCACCAACGAGUCCUUCGGGAUGAUGGGAGGCCACAACGACGCUCACGGCGAUUCGUACGGAAACAGCUCCCAGGACAGCACGCUGAUGAUGCGAGAGUACGGGAUGGGAGGCAGCGGAGGCUCCAAGGCGUCCUUCACGCCGUUCGUUGAUCCGAGGGUCUACGGGACCUCCCCGACCGAUGACGACGAUAAAAACUCUGCCUCAGCGCUGUUUGCUGAUGAGCUGCUAAAGCAGGAGCAGGAGCAGGCGAGGCUCAACGAAGCCAGGAAGAUCUCGGUGGUCAACGUCAACCCGACCAACAUCCGGCCGCACAGCGACACGCCCGAGAUCCGAAAAUACAAGAAACGCUUCAACUCCGAGAUCCUGUGUGCUGCCCUGUGGGGUGUGAACCUGCUGGUGGGAACCGAGAACGGCUUGAUGCUGCUGGAUCGGAGCGGCCAAGGCAAGGUUUACAACCUGAUCAACCGACGGCGCUUCCAGCAGAUGGACGUCCUGGAGGGACUCAACGUCCUGGUCACCAUCUCAGGGAAGAAGAACAAGCUGCGAGUCUACUACCUGUCCUGGCUGAGGAACAGGAUAUUACACAACGAUCCCGAGGUGGAAAAGAAGCAGGGCUGGAUCACCGUUGGAGAACUGGAGGGCUGCGUUCACUACAAAGUCGUGAAGUACGAGAGGAUUAAAUUCUUGGUGAUUGCUCUGAAGAACUCGGUGGAAAUCUACGCCUGGGCGCCUAAACCUUACCACAAGUUUAUGGCCUUCAAGUCUUUCACCGACCUGCAGCACCGCCCCCUACUGGUGGACCUGACCGUGGAGGAGGGCCAGAGGCUGAAGGUGAUCUACGGGUCCAGCGUCGGCUUCCACGUCAUCGACGUCGACUCUGGGAACCCCUACGACAUCUACAUCCCCUCACAUAUUCAGGGUCAGGUGACCCCGCACGCCAUCGUGGUUCUGCCCAAGACGGACGGCAUGGAGAUGCUGCUGUGCUACGAGGACGAGGGCGUCUACGUCAACACCUACGGACGCAUCACCAAAGACGUGGUGCUGCAGUGGGGCGAGAUGCCCACCUCCGUCGCCUACAUCCACUCCAACCAGAUCAUGGGCUGGGGAGAGAAGGCCAUCGAGAUCCGCUCCGUGGAGACGGGACACCUCGACGGAGUUUUCAUGCACAAGCGAGCACAGCGACUGAAGUUUCUGUCGGAGAGAAAUGACAAGGUUUUCUUCGCCUCGGUUCGCUCCGGAGGCAGCAGCCAAGUCUUCUUCAUGACCCUGAACCGAAGCUCCAUGAUGAACUGGUAACCCUGGACCUCCUCCUCCUCCUCCUCACCCCCAACAUGUGGACGGCUGGAGGACCGUGUGUGUGUGUCUGUGUCUUUAUGUGUGUUUGUGGAGGACAACAACAACAACAACGAGCUGCUGCUGCUGCUGAACAUCUGGAGGACACCUCCAGAGACUCCACGCCUUCCUCCGCCUUCCUCCCGCCGGACCGAGCCGGUGUCUGGGGGACGGGCCGAGCAGCUUCCACCUCCACGUUUGAGCUCCUGGUGUAGCACCUCGCUGACCCUCUGGCCGGCGUUCACACUGCGAGCAGCUCGGAGGCUCGUCGC